UAGCCCCCAAGGGUCUAUUUUGUGGUAAUCCCCAUUAAGUUUCUCUUUUUUUUCUUUACUGAUUUGAGAGAGAGAGGAAAGGAGAGGGAGAAAGAGAGAUAGAAACAUCGAUGAGAGAGAACAUCCCUUUUGGGUUCUGCUCAGUCUGCCCUGGAGAUUGAUCUAUAAGCCGGGAAAAGUCAGCUGUCCUCAUAACUAAUGACCUGAUGACCCUCAAUGAUGUGGCUGGGAACUUCAGGGAAGAGUGGGCACUGCUUAGAGAAUCCUCUUCAGGGAUACCACCCAGCACAGUUAGAAGAAUGGGCUCUCAAAGGGAUUUCUAGACCAAGGAUAAUCUCCCAGCUGGAACAGAAAGAAGAGCCAUGGGUUCUUCCACUCCAAAAUAUUGAGGCGAGGAAGGUCCUAAGUGAAAGUUACACAGACUUUGAGAAUCAAGUGGAAAAACUCCAUCAAGACAGUUCAGCAGAACAAUAUGGAACAUCCUCAAAAAGGGCCAAUAAUGAUAUUUCUCAUACUCCGAGCUGGGGAGGAAGCUGGGAGAGGGGCCUUGAAUUACAAGAACAUGGAGCCCUUCCAGGAGAGGGCCACCAAGAGCCCUUCACACAGAACAAGGAUUUAAACACGCUCCUGGGUGGAUGUGUAGGAAAGAAGCCUCUGUGUGCAGAAUGUGGGAAAAGCUUUAACCAGAGUUCCUAUCUCACAAGACACCUAAGAACCCAUACUGGCGAGAGGCCUUAUAAAUGCAUUGAGUGUGGGAAAGGCUUCAAACAGAGUUCAGACCUUGUCACCCAUCGCAGAACACACACGGGAGAGAAACCCUACCAGUGCAGUGGAUGCGAGAGAAAAUUCAGUGACAGCUCAACCCUCAUCAAACAUCAGAGAACCCACACAGGCGAGAGACCCUAUAAGUGCUCAGAGUGUGGGAAGACUUUUGGGCGCAAGCCACACCUCAUAAUGCACCAAAGAACCCACACAGGAGAGAAGCCCUACACGUGCCUUGAGUGUCAUAAAAGCUUUAGUCGAAGCUCAAAUUUCAUCACCCACCAGAGGACCCACACAGGAGUGAAGCCGUACAGGUGUGAUGACUGCGGGGAGAGUUUUAGCCAAAGCUCAGAUUUGAUUAAGCACCAACGAACCCACACCGGAGAGCGGCCCUUUAAAUGCCCCGAGUGCGGGAAGGGCUUUAGAGACAGUUCUCAUUUUGUAGCUCACAUGAGUACUCACUCCGGAGAAAGGCCUUUCAGUUGUCCUUACUGUCACAAGAGUUUCAGUCAGAGCUCGCAUCUGGUCACGCACCAGAGAACACACACAGGUGAGCGGCCUUUUAAGUGUGACAGCUGUGGGAAAGGGUUCGCUGACAGCUCUGCCCUCGUGAAACACCAACGGAUCCACACGGGAGAAAGGCCCUACCAAUGUGGCGAGUGCGGGAAGAGCUUCAACCAGAGCUCCCACUUCAUGACCCAUCAGCGGAUCCACUUAGGAGACAGACCGUAUCGAUGUCCUGAGUGUGGCAAAACCUUCAAUCAGCGUUCCCAUUUCCUGACACACCAGAGAACACACACAGGAGAAAAACCUUUUCACUGUAGUAAGUGUGGCAAGAGCUUCCGUCAGAAAGCACAUCUUCUAUGCCAUCAAAACACCCAUUUGGGUUAGGAAAGCAUCUUGAAUGGUUCUGCUGCUCCCUACCAAAUUGCCGUUGCUACUGUCGACAAGUACCCCAAACAGAGGACACCUGAACCUGGGUGUCAGUGGCCAAAGUUGGGCCCUGAUCUGUUCCCUCUCUUUCUUUUAUUCCGUGUUUAAUGGCGAGGAUAAACCUAUAGGAUCCAAAUAAUGUUUGAACACAAAGGGUAUCCCUUCA